AUGUGGCCAGAAACCGUAGAUCAUCCCUCUCACUAUGCCCCUCAUGCCGGUUCUUUACAGAGUAAGCCUGCCGGAAUUCCUCCGUCUAUGCGUUCGAAAGGAGGAUGCUGGACAUGUAGAGCUCGUAAGGUCAAGUGUGAUGAAACAAAGCCCACAUGCCAACAAUGCCAACGUCUAUUUCAUCUUUGUGACUGGGACCCAAGAACUAAUUUCAAGUAUGAAACAAACAAAAUUGUAGCCCGUACGCCAGGGGUUUCUUUGGACAGCAGCUUGGUCUGGAAUCCAUCCGCUUCCACUACGCCUCCGCAAAGCAAUCAACCAAAGGAACAUGACAAAUUACCACCCUAUAACGAAUUGUCAAGCGACGAGCAACGUGAGAAGAAGGCUUCCUAUUACCGACCGGGAAUGUAUACCUUAGCCGUUAUACCGGAAAGUUUUGAUGGGUUACUGGAGUACGAGACUAAAAGCUCACGCCCAAGAAGCUUUGGUACGAACAGACAUCGAUUCCAGUCAACCAGGCCAGAUGUUGUUAUCCUAGAAAGAUUUGUAGGAUAUCCGGGUAGUCGUAGCCAGUCAGAAAAUCCACUCUCCAGGAAAGCCAGCUUGGAAAAGGUUUCAUCUCCCAGCGAGCUACCCAUCACACUUGUGGAUAGAGAGACAGACUCAUAUCUACUGGAUCAUUAUCGGAAUGUACUGGCGAAUCAGAUAUGCUGGUUGGCUGAACAAGCUUCGGGGCCAGAUAUAUUUGAAAGAUACUCUGCAGAUUACCCUCCUUUACAUCUUGCAAUCCUGGCUUUGUCUUCGCUAAGUCUAUCUCGAACGAAUCAUAUACCUUUUGAGGACGUUUUAAAACGAUACCAUAUGGUCAUUACCACGUUGGGCAGUUCACUCAAAACUCAAGAAGACGCCUAUUCUGAUGGGGCGCUGUUCACACACUAUUUACUUUUACUAUUUGAGGUUGCUGCGACCGGACAUCGUGAAUACAAUAUGUGGGAACAGCAUUCCGAUAGAAUUCUACGUAUUCUUCAGCUUCGGCAGAAAGCUUAUGGUAAAGAACCACAUGGAUUCAUCAUUGUUUUUACCUCAUAUAUUGACAUGUAUGCUCUUCUCACCACUACUGGCACAGGGUCUUUCAGCAAAGCCAUUCUCAAGCAAGACAUGCUACCGCCUCCCGAAGACGCUCUGGAGAACCGAUCGCUCAACAUGAUUUUUGUACCGGAAGCAAUUCGCGAGAUGCCCGAUUUGCUGAGGAUGAAUCGAGAACUAACUCUGAUUGCCCUUGAAAUGGCACGGACGGGACGAAGUUUGAAAUUUGAAGAAAAAGAUGACUCAAAGCCAAGAAUCGAAGUUAACAUGAAUCGAUGCAGAUCCAUGCAAGAUUUGUACACACGUCUGAUGGAAUUCCGUGACAAUUGGUCUGGAUUUGUAGAAAGCAAGACGCCGGAAGAGAGCUGGCUUCGCGAAUUGGCACAACUUCCAAGCGGACCAUUUACUUGUAGAACACAUGCACAGUUAUUUUAUCGAGCUUGUGAAAUCUACUAUCACACAAGUAUGUAUCAAGGUCAAUCUUUGAUAAUAGCAGCAGAAGUGGAAGAACAACUCUCUUCAUGUGCCAGAGAGAUAAUUUUGAUAGCCAAGACGAUGAUAGAUCUAGGGCGUCUUGGGGCUAGAUUCGUAGUAUUCCCUAUUUUUAUGGCGGGUAUAGCAUCUCGAGUGAAGGAAGAGAAACAAAGUGCUCUAGAAUUUCUUCGCAGGUUGGAGGAGACAAGCUUUGGUUCGAAUACAACGACCACGAGAAAGUUACUCGCAUCGAUAAUCAAGAAACAAGAAAUUGCGAUCGCUGAGACGGGAAACCCUUUGUGUGUUAGUUGGAUUGAAGAAUUGGAAUCGAGUGGACAACAAUUAAUUUUGGUGGGCUUGUAA